ACAACAUCCCUGCGGAUGCUGCUGCUUUUUUUCAGACCAAAGGUUUUUUGGUUUUUCUAUCAAAAUUGAUUAAAAAACAACAAAAACUAGAUCCCCAUCCAAUUGUGGCCGUAUAGUGUAAAGGUGCAUUAAUUUGCCAGUGAAAUAGAAAGUGAAUUAAAUUCUCAGCUCAGCAAAAGCAGUCGAAAUCGUCACACCUCACCGUUUCGUCUGCACACCCACCAAUACCAAUAUAAUACCCAAGGCAAAAAACUAAUACAACUGCAAAGAUAGCCAACAAAUACAAAUAAACUAAUCGAAACGAUCGAAAGUCUACGUCUGCGAGUGCCAAGGUACUUUUAAGUACUUUUAAUUCAACUUACGCUCUGUGCUCUACGUGAAAGUAGCAUACAAUUUGGAAAUAUUACGCAAGUACUAUUUCUGGUUAUAUCUGUUGGAUAAUCAUGGCUCAGUAAACAUGAAUCCUCAACAAGAAUAUUUUGCCCAACGCACUCCGUGUGGAGACAAAAGCAAGACGCAAUUUUCUGCCGAUUGGCAGGUAUCUAAUACUAUCGCCCCCACUCCCCCCAAUUCCUCUUACUUCUACGAGCAAAAUGGACAGCAACAAGAAGCAACAACAUGCCAGAGCGAGCAAAUCGUCUGGUGAGACCCAACGCAAGUCCAGUGAAUUGCAUGCCAACAACAAACAGCGCAAUAGCCGCAGACGUGAGCAGCUUCCGACGCCGCGCAACGAACAGCAACAGCAGCCGAGGAACCCCAAACAGCAGCAACAACAACAGCAACCUGCUAAACUUCGUCCCAAUGUGGACAAGCGUCCAAGGGCGCGAGGCAGCGGUGGUGGCGGCGGUGGUAGUGCUGCUGGCUACUAUGGCCCUACCGAUGGAGCUUACGAUGGCCCUGAAUCCGGGCAUCAAGACGGGGCUUACGGCGGCACCGGACUAGCAGCCACCAGUGGCGGCUACCCGCGUAGCGACUUUGACUAUGAACUAAACUCUGUGUAUGCGCAGGGCAGCAAGAAGCAGAACCUGAACCAUCUGCUCAACUUCCAUUGUGUGCCGCGCGAUGCGUCGGACACUGGAAAUGGCCAUGGACGCGGCGUUGGUCAUUAUCAUCAUCACAAUGCUGGGCGCAAGCCUCGCUACAACAAGGAGCAGUUCCUGCAGGCCAACUUUCAGUUUGUCAUUCGCACGGGGGCCAAGGCCCAGGUGAAUGGCUCGCCGGACACUUUGAUCGACUGGAACUUCAUUGAGCAAAUCAACAUCCAGACCACGGAGGAACCGCAAUGCCCCAUCUGUCUGUAUCCCCCGGUGGCUGCCAAGCUGACGCGCUGCGGCCAUGCCUACUGCUGGCCCUGCCUCUUGCACUAUCUCUCGCUGAGCGACAAGACCUGGCGUAAAUGCCCCAUCUGCUACGAUGCCAUCCACGCUGGAGAUCUGAAGAGCUGCACCAUUGAGCAGCAGCAUGCCAUGAAUGUGGGAGAUAGCAUAACCUUCCAGCUAAUGCGACGUCGCAAGGGCUGCAUGUACAUCGAGCGUCACGGCGUAGGGGAGUUCGGCGAACGAUUCCCCCUGCUCAGUGCUGGGGACGAGGCCAAGCGAUACUCAAAGUUUCUGAUCGCCAAGCGUGCGGAUGUGGCGGACAUCAUUGAAAGAGAGCGACGCGAACUAUUGGCUGAGUCGGAUGUAUCCUGUCCGGAGGAUAUAUUCACACAGCAGGCACUCGUAAUGCUGAACGAGCGCCUCGAGAAGCUGGGCCUCAAGGAGGAUGAGGAGUCGCCGCUGGAGGAGCAGCCACCACCACCACCCGAAACGCUCAGUCUGGAUAAUGAAACCAAAAUUGAUAUUGAGAAAUCGGACGAUGCCUCCAUCUCAUCGGGCGAGGCUUCCAGCAGCAUUGCCAGCGCCCACAGCGGCAGCAAAUACUAUUAUUUCUACCAGUCGAACGAUGGACAAAACAUCUACUUGCAUCCCCUGAAUGUUAAGAUGCUGCAGGCCUGCUACGGCACUCUGGAUCUGGGCCCACUACUGAUUGAGUCGCAGAUCCUGCAGAAGGAGCAGCACUCCAUGGACGAGGAGCAUCGACGGAAGUUCACUUGUUUGGGACACCUGCCCCUCACGUGUCAGUUUGCUGUUGUGGAAGUGGAACUUCAACCUCCAGUCGUCUCUGGGGGAAUACUCAAGUUGUUUAAGGAGGAUAUUUUGCAUCGCAAGAAGGAGCGGCAGCGUCGCGAUCGCGAGGAACGCAAGCGGGAGCAGCACAUUAAUGAGAUCAACGACCGUCAAAUGGGCAAACUGAUUGCCAGUGCAGCAAACCUGAAUCUUGAGUCCUCCCACGAGUUUCCCACUUGUGGCUUUGAAGAGGCCUUGCCAGCGCCCAGCGGCGUAACGCCAAUAAUCAUCAGGCAGGAGAGCAGUGCAGCCAGCCCCAAGCAGGAACUGUGGCCCACCAUCGGCAGCGGCUCACCAGUCAGCAGCAGCGGUGGCGGCGCUAUGGGAUCUGUGGGUGCCUGGGGACGCUCGGCUCCUCCUCCGGCACCAAGGGCCAUACCAUCGGCUAUGUCACGCGAUGAAGACCAUGACCAGCGCUCGGUGGGCCAUUGGGGUCUGGGUGAGCUGCUUGUCGGUGCUUUGGAUCAACAAAAGCAGCAGCAGCCGCGAAGUGGCAAGCCCCACAAAAAGGCCAAGGCCAAGAAAAUGGUUCCACUCUUUGCCAUGGGCAUAAACAGAGCUCCAUAAAAGAAGUUAAAAUACGCGAAAUUAAUGUACAACCAUGUACGUUAUUCUGUUAUGAAUACUUGGACGUUAUUUCAAAUCAACGAUGGAUAUUUGAACUUUAAUUUAACCAACAUUUUAUCCAUACUAAGCAUAUGCAUAACCAUAUAAAUUUAAUCCAAUAAAAGCAGCAAGCAUACUCGUA